AUGGAUAAUGGGGAAAAUGCGCCAAAAAACAAUAGUGAAGCGAUUAUUGCCGAUCUCUUGAAUGAUUUGAAAUCAUCCGAAAAGAUGAUCUCUGUUGAUAAAAUCGCUAGAUGUGAUGACAGCGCCAUUGUAGAAGAUAAAAGAAAGAAAAGUCAUAAGCACCGAAGUAGUCAUCGAUCGAAAAAAAGCAAGAAAGAGCGGAGGAAAAGAAGUAGGACAUGGUCCGACAGCUCAAGAAGCCGAAGUCGAAGUAGAAAUCACAGCAGAGAACGUAAAAAACACCACAAAAAGCGAAAAAGUAGAAGCAGGAGUAGGUCAAGAAGCAGCAGGGUUAGUCAGAGUGCAUUGGAAAAGGAAAAACCACACAUUGUGGAAUCGAAAGCUGAAACCAAGCUACCAACGCCGCCUAAAGAAUUGCAUAGCGAAGAAAAGAGUCACGAAUCAUUGACAGACCCAGGAUUUUCGGAAGCUUCAAAACAGACCUCAGCCAUCAUCUUGCCAGAGGUAAACGAGGAGACAAAGACGAAGGUUUCGAUCGUUCUUCCUUUAGUGGAGGAAAAUUCGACGAAAAAAGAUAUUGAAGAUGGAGAAAUAGAAGAUUUUGUGUAUGGUCCUGCCGAUGCAGUUUUUCCAGAUCAUGAGGAAAAUACAAAUGAUAAGAAAGAUUCCUCGAAUGGCGACAUUGUCGAAGUAAAAAAGGAGAGUAAAGAUCGAAAAGAGAAAGACAAGAACAAAAAGAAAGACAAAUCAGAACGGAAGCGUAAGAGUAGUGUAUCGAAUCAUGAUUCCAAAAAGAAAGACAGAAAGGAUGUUCGUCGUCGUUCUCGAUCGAGGGAGAGGGAACGGCUGCUUCCCCGAAGACGUUCUCCUUCGCCAUUUAUUGAAAGAAAGUUAGACCGUACUACAAGAAGAUCGGUAUCUCGUGAACGAAGAUCUAGAAGUUCUGACCGAAUAACCAGAUGGAGAAGUCAAUCGAGAGAAAGAAGAGACUUCAACGAACGUAGAAGAAGGCGGUCACGAAGCAGGGAAGUUAUUGAUAAAGACAAGUUGCUCGCUAUUGCGAAGACGAAGCGAGCAGAAAUGAUGUCGCAUGGAGACAGAGAUAAUGCUUCUAUCGAAGAUUUCGUUACUUACUGUAAAAAAUUACAAAAACGACAAGAGCGGGAAAAACGACGAGAAGCUGGGCAAGCUGUGAGUGAUCACGACAGCGAUGGAGAGACAGUGAGAUACAAACAUCCGUACGCUAUGCCAAAGGACCCUAUCCGAAUUAAUAUUGUGACUGCUACUUCAGCUAGCUUAGCUCAAAAAGCUCUGACAGGACCUGAAGAGCCGACCCAGCUUCCAGCAUCCCAGUUACGUAUCGUUUAUCCUGUUUCAUCUGGUGAAGUUCAUAGAGAGAAUGCUGAAUGGAUCCCAGUGGAAAAAGAAGACGUUCCAAAAAGCUGCUCAGUUGAACAAAAGAAACACGUGGCUCUCACUAGUCUUGAAAUUGACAGAUGCAGAGCUCAAGGAAUUCCCGUUGCCCCAGUUCCCGUUCCCAAGUUCCUCAAUUCAAUCCUACCUCCUCCUCCGAUGCCUCCUCAAUUUAUGCCCAAUCCCAGUGAUCCUUUCCGCCCACCAACGCCUCCUUCACUUCCAUCAGUUCUAUAUGUUCCUACUAAAGAUAAAAUGAUUCUCAAAGAGCCAAAAGACAUCACAGCUCCUGCCCCAAGUGACAUUGGAAAAGUGUUGAAAAAACGUACAGAAGCACAAGGAAAAGUUCUAGCGACACCAAACGACUUUGAAGCACAUCGUGCCUUGAAAGAAGCAAAUGAACAGAUCAAACUAUGGGCUGCUCUUAAGAGUUUGCCAGGGGAAUACACCGGAACCACUGGUUUACGAUUACUCUCAGCAGAUGAGUUACAACCACACAAUCCAAAGUUCCACGCAUGGGUAAAAAAGGAUCAGUUCAGAAACGCUGCUCCGGCAACGACUGGAAUCGGUCGGAUGAUGUUAGAAAAAAUGGGUUGGCGCCCUGGAGAAGGUCUUGGAAAAGAUGCAACCGGAAAUGUCGAACCUCUUGUUCUCGAUGUUAAAAGUGAUCGGAAGGGUUUGAUGGCAGAAGUGGAGAUGUCGACGAAGCAACGGAAUAAGAUGAAUACACAGAAUAAUGUACCGAUUGAUUUGUCAACUAAAAAUCCCAUUUCUUUGGUAAUGGAACUUUGCGCAAAGCGGAGAUGGAAUGCGCCAUCGUUUACAUGCGAAGAAUCUGGUGCUGAUCAUUCGAAAAUGUUCAUCUGGACCGUCGUUAUCAACAAUGUUCAGUAUCGUCCAAUGUGUGGAUCCAAACAGAAGAAAGAAGGAAAAGCCGUAGCUUGUCAAGUGGCUCUACAAUCGUUGGGUGUGCUUCCUAGAGACCCAGAUCACCCCGUUUGCAUGUAA